GUCAGAGAAGGGAGCAAAGAUGAGCGACGAUCAAAGUCCUCCGUACGCGGUCUUCUUCGGAGUGAUAGGUGCUGCAGCGGCUAUCGUCUUUUCGUCACUUGGGGCGGCGUAUGGCACAGCCAAGGCUGGCACAGGAAUUGCAGCGAUGGCAGUCAUGAGGCCGGAUCUCAUCAUGAAGUCGAUCAUUCCUGUUGUUAUGGCGGGUAUCCUCGCCAUCUACGGUCUCGUAGUCGCCGUCCUAAUCGCAAACGCAAUAAAAGAACAUUACAAGCUCUAUACAGGGUUCAUGCAUCUUGGCGCAGGUUUGGCUGUAGGUCUUUGCAGUAUGGCUGCAGGUAUUGUAAUCGGAAUUGUUGGUGACUGUGGAGUGCGAGCCAUGGUUCAUCAACCGCGAAUGUUUCUCGGAAUGAUGAUUAUCUUGGUUUUUGCGGAGGUACUUGGUGUCUACGGGGUCAUUGUGGCUGUGACGAUGUAUUCCAAGUAGUGAAGUCGCCUGUUAUAAGAUUCGGUCUCAGAGCCCACCAGAGAGGGCAUUCGCUGGGAAGAGUGUUCCUAUAACAGACGAUUCCGGAGGCGGAGAAAAUCUAGGCGUAAAUAUCUGUAAAUGGGACAGACCAUCACAGAACUGAGCUUAAGUAACAUUUACCUUAUAUUGUUCUUGUACAAUCUGUUGAACUAGCAAUGUCUUCAUUAAUAAAGCAUUUUUUGUGUAUAUGCUAACGAUACAUUUAGGUAAAAUACUUUAUUUGUAUUCUUCGGGUUUUUUCUUGUUGCAAGUGGCUUCUACGUAAAGAAAUUGUUCUAUUAAAGAAAUUGAAGUUCCCUGUAGUUUCUACGCACAGUUUAAUCAGUUGGCUAUAACUCAUUGAAUGAAAAAUGCGCUUGAACUUCGAGCAGCAUGAAGAUCCCUAAUUUUUGCAACAGGAUAAUACCACAUAAACGACACGUUCAUAGCUAUUGUAGGAACUGUUUUCGGAAACUCAAACAAAAAUAUUGUCUAUUUUUGUUUGAGUUUCUUUUACAUUAUUAUGGCACAUUGUUGUUGUUUACCUUGUGAUACAAAAAGGUAACGCACUUCUAUUCACGUGUUUUCAAAUCAAAAGGAGCAAAACGUACUAUGGGACUGUAUUUUCAAUUACUGAGCAGGUAGGCACGUACUGAGUUAGAUGUACAUUUUAUUAGGUGCUGUGUAGAUCGUAAAUGCAAUAGAGACACCAUUUCAGUGCGAUAUUCUAAAAUACAGUGAAAACUGUAACAGUGUUCUAUAAUUGAUACAGCUGGCUCAUCUGGGAUAUAAUAGUAAAUAAACUUGAGACGUGAACUCUUAUACGGCUUGCUAUAUCUGCUAAAAUAUGCAGUACGCUUGGCUAAGAAUGCAAAAUACAUAUUGUAUAAUUUCUAAGGACUUAUUCAUGUCGCCGGAAAUGUCAGAUGUUUAG